GGCUGUGGGCUUGUAAUCUGGGGAAAGACGCCUCCAUGUUACAUUCAUACAGGAUGGAGGGGUAUCUUACCUCACACCAAGCAGCUGAGGAAAUGAUCUAUGAUCCUGAAAUCUACCGACCGCCAAUAGAGUACUACCCAUACAUCAACAUAGAAGAGGGCCAAGGAGACCACGUCUGGGACUACCCGCACCACAUCCAUGGCGCUGACUUUGAGAACAUUCCGGAUACCCACUUCACAGAACUGCAGAGCGUGCAGCCCGUGCACAUCCCGAGUCUGCAUCCGCGCUUCGAGCCCGACCACAGCCAUCCGCUGGAUCCCAACCUGGUGGGACAUCCACACCACCUGGCCCUCUCCCCUCAGGUGCAGUAUUUCCGACCUCAAGCCUGCUAUCCCCAGACGUCCCCAAUCCAGCGCCACUCCGACGACGAUGACCCCGGAAGCCGCAGUCCACCACUGGAAGUGUCUGACGAGGAGGGCCUGAGAGAGCAUAUCAGCUCCACUACUGGUGGAGAGCCAGGUAACAAAAAGAAGAUCCGUCUAUAUCAGUUUCUCCUGGACCUCCUGCGUAAUGGGGACAUGAAGGAGAGCAUCUGGUGGGUGGAUCGGGACAAGGGUUCAUUCCAGUUCUCCUCCAAACACAAGGAGGCGCUAGCAAACCGCUGGGGCAUUCAGAAGGGCAACCGCAAGAAGAUGACCUACCAAAAGAUGGCAAGGGCACUGCGCAACUAUGGCAAGACGGGCGAGGUCAAGAAGAUCAAGAAGAAGCUGACAUACCAGUUUAGCGGAGAAGUGCUGGGGAAGGGCCACCUCGGAAUUGAACGGAAGAUGUACUUGUAGAGAAAGAGAGAUAGAUAGAUAGAGAGAAAGAGAGAGAGAGAGAGAGAUAGAGACAGACAGAGAAAGAUAAUAAUGAGGGGAAGUCUGAUAAACAUUACUGAGCACCAGACUCACUAUUUAGGGAACAUUGCUCGUCCUUCAUUCAGCUACUAUUCUACAUACAUAAUGAUGUCAUAGCAUGCUAUUAACAGCAUAAGAACGUAGGCAUUAUGUAUGUGCUAUAGGUAACAAGGAAAAAUAUUUUGUUAAUCUAUUGUAUGUCUUCUUUAAGAUGACCAUGGAUAGGCUGACUAUGAAAAGGAGGACACUUGUGUCUAAAAGUGAGGACAAAUGGGACAAAAUUACCCAAUUUUUAUGUCUGUGCUGACAGUAAAAAUGUCAACAUUAUUUUUUUACACAUCAUUAACAACAUCAAAGUGUGACACUUAAAUAUAAAAUGUUUUCAUUUUUAUAGUUUAGAUAUUUUGUAGCAAUCUAUAAUUGCCAACCUGUCAUUUCACAUUGAGCAUGUCCCUCCUUGAAAGGAGACACUGUGGAGUACAGCUACUGUAUGUGUCUGUCUGUGGUAUUGGCAACUGUUUGUGUGCGCGUCUGCAACCCAGUAGGCCAGUGAUCUUGAUUCACCAAUGCAUUCGGAACACAACAACAGUGUAGCCUCUGUGAGACCACAGAGACCAUGUUCCUUAUUAGCCUUGUCUGCUGUGGGCAAUUAUUGUAUCAUUGCUACUUAUAAUAAGCAUUGUUUGUUGUGGAGCACUUGUUUGUUGUGGAGCACUUGUCAUCGCUACUUACAAGCAUAGACCUUUGAAGUUCACCUACAAAAAGGCCCCAAAGUUGCCAUCUUUGCCCAUAUAAAGAGACUCGGACCUCCUUAAAGAUGGUACCCGGAUCCUCUCAAAUGGGCAAAGAUGGCAACUUUGUGGCUUUUCUGUAAGCAAACUUCGGGUGUCUGUUGCUGCUGUGUGCAUUGUUUUUUUGUUUUUUUGUCAAAAAGACAAAUGCCCCAAAAUGUGGAGACUCUACCUAAGUCUGGACAAGGCUCAGAAGCCAGAAAGUCUGGACAAAGUCCAGAUAAGUGGUUACCCUAGCAAGAUGAUUGUUGUUUUUACGUUUCUGGUGUGAACCAAAUGCUUUCUCGCGCACACCAGAUAUUCUCUCUUGCUGCAAUUCCUUUGCAAAACUGGUUAUAGUUGUGUGACAAUGCAGAGUACAAUGGAAAAAAAAUAUUUAAAAAAAACAUCAGUAAAAAGCAGAAGUGAAAACCAAUGACACAGCCUCAUGCUGCACGGCAAACAAAGUUUGACCACAACAAACUUGGCUCGAUCACUCCAACACCCGAACACUUGGUGGAAUCCUUUCAAGAUGCCUAAACUUCAAUGUAAUAUAGGAACUCUGGUGGAUGAAACAGAGUUGCUACACAUGUAUACUGGGACACAUUCAAACAUGUAGCACAAUCAUAACAGACUGUCGUAACAGAUUAUCCUCUUCUUGUGCCUGCUCCAGAGCAGUUAAGCUUUGGACCCUGUAAAGUGUCUGUUAAGUAAACUGUAUUGUUGUAU